AUGAUCAUUCGGUUGAUAGUUUGCACCUCCGCGGCGCUGAUAGCCACUGCUACCGGAGCCGUUCUGGAUAACCCAAUUUUGAAAGGUGGAAUCGAGUCCUCCUGGGGGGAAUUUUCUUCGGCUGGCUUCAUUAGGACACCUUUUCUUAGCUUCUGUGGUGUAACGGUAAUUCAUCCGGAGGUUGUUCUGACACUGGCUCAAUGUGUUUACGAUGAGCAGAAAGCCACCGUGAUCGACCCCAGCCAGGUGGAGGUCAUCGCUGGUGACCUAAAUAUUGCUGUGGAAUCUUCCGAACGACAACGACGAGAUGUUUUGCAAAUUGUCGUUCACGAAAACUAUACAGCUUAUAACCAUCGGAACGAUAUUGCUCUGCUACGAGUAGAUCGAGCUUUUUGGCUACCUUCAAACACGGUCGAGGUAGCUACAAGAAGACGGAGGAUUGUGCCGAAUGGUGCAGUUUGUCAACUCCCGGGAUGGAGUAUGGAACGAAGCGCAACUUCCACCUCAACGGAAUCCGAUCAAAAGUAUUUGGAUGGGGAAAUCCUCGAUCGGGACACCUGCAACCAGGUGAAUGUACAUGCCGGUGCCGUUCGGGAGAACAUGAUCUGCGGGGGAAAUCUGCUACGUAGCACCAAUGCACCGUGCAGUGGGAAUCUUGGCUCCCCACUGUACUGCGAGGAUGAGCUGACUGGGUUGCUUUCCUUCGGAGUGAACUGCGGAGCGGCCAACGAUCCACCGGUGUUCGUACAAAUGCGUUUCUUCAAUCGAUGGAUUGAAGAGCAGCUGCUGGAGGUUGGUUUGGUGGAUUAA